UUUGUGUCUUUGUAAAGCUCAACAACAAAGACGAGGCAGAGGUUUGAAGUGAAAAGGUGGAGAGAUGGAAGAGCUAAUGAUAGCUGCGGUCUGAAGUGAAAAGUAGAGGUCUGCAUCAUUUCCUCCAUAGUCUCUAUUAGAGAGUCUCGAGGAUUACAGCCGAGAAGAUGCAUUUGCCUUUUGGGAUGUCGGCUUCUCAUUAGAGAUAUUGGGGCCGGCAGUGCAGAACAUAUCGAUCAGUCUUUCUCUGGGGAAACUAGUUGCCAAUAAAUCUCAAUCUCAUGGAGAAGGCUAAAUUAUAAAAGUUGGUUUGGAAUCUGUUGAAAUGCUCAUUGUAAUGAACAUUGGCACUCUCCAAGUUCUAUUGCUUCCAUAUGGUUCUGAUGAUGCCUAAAGCCCAUGCCUUCUUCAGGUUCCAUCGUGUGCAUCUGCUCUUUUUCCCAACCUCAGGCUUCAAUUCUUCCACCUUAACUCGUACCCUAAAAGCUUGGCUCUGCUCUACUUCAUCUUCCUUUGAGAAAACCUUCGAACAAUUGGUACCUGGAGAUCCAUUGGACACUGCUUCUGCUGAAAUAUUUCGGAAUUAUGGCUGCAACGACUCUGAAAUAUCGAAGAUCUUCAUCAGUCAGCCUUUGUUACGCAAAGCCAAGCCUGGAAUUCUUCAACUGAAGCUCAAUGUCCUUCAUGGCUUGGGCCUCACCAGCUCCGAUGUUGUUAAGCUCAUUCAUCACCGGCCACGAUUGCUUUGUUGUCGCAUAUACAUUGGAAUUGAUGAGCGCAUCGAAUUCCUUAAGAGCUUCUUUGGGUCUAGGGAGAUGCUCUUCAAGGCUAUCCUUAGGAACCCAACCCUCCUGAAAGAAAGUUUACUUGAUCAUCUCAAACGCUGCACUGCUCUCUAUGAAGGAUUUGGUAUCACUAGGAAGGACUUGAUCCCUUUGCUUAUUUCUCGUCCCACCUUGAUUACAAGAACCAAGCUUGAUGAUGACGAAAAGCUUGAGUACAUCCGCAGAACUGGGCUAUCCAAAGACUCAAAAAUGUACAAAUAUGUUGUUUCUCUCAUUGGCAUCUCGCACGUCGAGACGAUUCAGGAAAAGUUUGCAAACCUUGCAAAAUUUGGUUUUUCUGAAGAUGAGGUGAUCGAAUUUUUUGGUCGCUCCCCGACAGUGCUUACACUGUCUGUUGAUAAGGUCCAGAGGAACAUGACUUUCGUACUCGGGACAAUGAAGCUCCAUGCCAGCACGGUCCUUUAUCACCCAUUUCUCUUGUUUGCCAACCUUGAAACUGUGUUGAAGCCACGAGUUCUGCUGUUAGAGAAAACAAAGGUGAUGGGUUUGGUUCCGCAGAUUAAAGGGCCCACCAUGAUGAGAGCAUUGAGAAUGACGGAGUUGAGGUUUCUCAAGAAGUUUGUUAACUGCCAUGACGAGGAUGUCUCCAAGACCCUUUUGGCAUUCUACGAGCAGACUAAGUGUGUCAAGCGGUUGGCAGAGGGCUCAAAGCGGGUUAAGAUGAGAAAAUUCCCUUUCUGAACUGCAGUUGUUUUUUCUCCAACCAGGUCAUCAUUCUUUUAGUUCAUUAGGUUGAUCCUAAUUUAUCCAUUGUUACAAUAUUGGCAAUGAAGGAAUCAUGCUUUUUACCAUUGUUUGGUGGGAUAUGAGAUUUUUGCUCUUAGCGUCUGUGUACUUACAAGUAUUCCCAUCCAAUUCGUUUGCUUUGUUACAUUUUCAUUGUGAAAUUACUUUUGUUGUUUA